CGUGGUUACCAAGUGUCAUGGCGGCCACCGGGAGAUUGUUGUAGUGUGCCAGAGACAGACCGCGGAUUAUUCUGUAUUAAGCUGAACUGUGUUUAUUAUCAUAUUGGUGGCAUUUGAAUGUAAAAACUCUUUUAAACAUGGGGACCGUGCAUGCCAGGAGUCUGGACCCCCUUCCUAUGCAAGGACCUGAGCUGGGGGUUCAAGCAGAUGAUAUGGACUUUGGAGAACCAGAGCAUGAAGAAAAACAGGAAGUUCUUGAAAAUAAAGAUGUUGUAGUACAGCAUGUGCACAUUGAUGGUCUUGGAAGAACAAAGGAAGACAUUUUAACAUAUGAGAUUGCAGAUGUUUUCCGUGCCAAAAACCUGAUUGAUGUAAUGAAGAAAUCUCAUGAGGCCAGACAGAGACUUUUGCGUUUGGGGAUAUUCAGACAUGUGGAAGUUGUCAUUGACACUGCUGAAGGUGCUGACGCACUGCCGAAUGGACUAGAUGUGACAUUCGAGGUGAAGGAGUUGAGAAGAAUGACUGGAAGUUACAACACCAUGGUUGGGAACAACGAGGGAAGCAUGGUGCUGGGUCUGAAAUUGCCCAAUGUUUUUGGCCGUGCGGAGAAGCUGACCUUCCAGUUCUCUUAUGGGACAAAGGAAACCUCAUAUGGCCUGUCAUUCUUCAAGCCCCAGCCUGGACACUUUGAGCGCAACUUCUCCAUUAACUUGUAUAAAGUCACGGGCCAGUUCCCAUGGAGUUCCCUUAGAGAAACGGACAGAGGGGUCUCCACAGAAUUCAGUUUCCCCAUCUGGAGGACAAAUCACACUUUGAAGUGGGAGGGUGUGUGGAGAGAGCUGGGCUGCUUGGCCCGUACGGCCUCCUUCGCUGUCAGGGAGGAGAGUGGCCAUUCCCUAAAGUCCUCACUUUCCCACGCAAUGGUCAUUGACACACGCAAUUCUACCAUCCUUCCAAGAAAAGGUGCCUUACUGAAGAUCAACCAGGAAUUGGCAGGUUACACUGGAGGAGAUGUCAGUUUCCUAAAGGAAGACUUUGAAAUUCAACUCAACAAGACUUUGUUCUGGGACUCGGUGCUCUCUACCUCUCUAUGGGGUGGUAUGUUGCUGCCUCUCGGAGAAAAACCCUCCUGUAUCGCUGACAGGUUCUAUUUGGGUGGUCCGACCAGCGUGAGGGGCUUCAGCAUGUACAGCAUCGGCCCUCAGAGUGAAGGUGAUUACCUCGGUGGGGAGGCGUAUUGGGCCGGAGGGAUUCAUCUGUACACCCCUCUUCCAUUCAGGCCAGGUAGAGGCGGGUUCGGAGAACUCUUUAGGACACAUUUCUUCCUCAACGCUGGAAACCUGUGUAACCUCAACUAUGGUGAAGGACCCAGGGCACACCUGAGCAAGCUGGCCGAAUGUAUUCGCUGGUCUUAUGGAGCGGGUAUUGUGUUGCGUCUAGGGAACAUCGCUCGGCUGGAGCUCAACUAUUGCAUUCCCAUGGGCGUCCAGAGUGGAGACAGGAUAUGUGAUGGAGUGCAGUUUGGGGCUGGAAUCCGCUUCCUGUGAUUCCACGAUUCCCAUCACAAGCCCGUUUUGGAACAAAGAAGCAUUUCUGUUACUUUAUACUUGUGUUAAUGGAUAUUCAACCAAUUCCAUUUCAAGAUUCAAAGUAAUGCAAUGAAUGUUGGCUAAUUUUGCUGUGUUGGCAAACAUUCUAAAAAAGGAAAAUGGUUUAAAAGUCCAAAGAGAAUUGUUAAGAAUCAGUCUUUUUAUUGGCACUUCAGAGGGGAAUAUAUCAGACAUCAGUGCUCUUAUUGUCAUAUUUAUUUGUCAGAACAGUCAGUGUUCAAUAAAUAAUGUUUCUGGCCUUUA